CUUGUAGGUUAAACAAAAUGACAAAUUAUUAUGUUUGCUAGUUUUGAUUGGAAUUCUAACUAUAGGUUUGUUAUGGUUACGUUAUUUACGAUAAAUAAUAUCUGCGGCUGCAAUCCUAGAAAAUUGAUUACAUUUUCAUCUUAUAACCCAUAAUUAUUGCUAUCACAAUUCACAUAUCAUGGCGGAUUCAAUAUCGGAUCAGGAGUUGCGACGACGUUUAUCAUCGUUCAAUGCUGUAGUUCCACCAGUAACAAAUUCAACUAGAAAAUUAUUGCUAAAAAAACUCUCCGAUCUUGAAAGUAGCAUAACUAGUAACACUGCUGAAACAAGAAGCAUGCCACCUCCUAAACAAAAGGCCAAAACAACAAAUGGCACUAAUGAUUCUAUAAUAAUAUCAUCUUCUGGAGUUGCUGGUCGACCAUCACAGUAUACUACAUUUGAUAACACCGACAGUCCAAAGAAAAGUCCUCGACGUCGUCGUCAAUACCGUGCUCCAGAUCCUUUUGAUACAGGCUCGGAUUCUGAUAUUGAUAAUGGCUCCCUUGGACGUUCAACUCUAUCAGCUAGUCCAAAUUUAGCAAGUUCUUCACCUAAAUCACAUGAAGCCUCACUGAUGAAUGUUUCUAACUGGGAUGCUGUUAGUAGAGAUGAAGAUCAGACUUUAUAUUCAUCACCAGAUGUUAAAAAAGUUGUCAGUCGACCUAACGAAAUAAAAACGGACAAAAAAAUCAGUGGAAUUUUUGAUACUGGUGUGAAUAUAACUCCAAGAGAACCGGUAAUAAGAAGACCACGUUCAGGUCCUGUUACUGAAACACCACAUGCUGAUCAAGCAAUACAACGAUGGAAAGAAAAGAUGAUGAAUCAGUCUUACAAUAGAACUGACGUAUCUAGUACUUCUCAAUUUGAUUUGCCAUCUCCAGUCUCACCAAUUUAUUCUCAAAAUUCAAGGAGGUAUAUUCAGCCAACUCAUCAGAGGCCUCAAGGAAAUGGUUAUACAAGGAAUACACAAUAUAUUAUUUUACUGUUUGUAGCAUUCUUUGUAGUUAUUUUUGGACUUUAUUUUACUUCAAUACAAUCUAGUACAAUCGUAUUACCUUCAGGUAUUCUAAAUUCAUAUUGUGCCAAGAAAAAUCUACAAGGUUAUGAAUGUGAUGCAGAACAAGAGAGAAUCAGAUCUUUGUAUGGUUCAUUAGUGUCUCAAGUUACAGAUAAAUAUAUAAAGAACAAAUGUGAAAAUUCAGAUAUAGAACCAACUGUGGACACACAGUCCGCCUAUGAACAUAUCUUGACUUAUGAAAAUAUACCAUCGCGAGAAGUCGAAGAAUUAGUAGAACUUUUUAAGAGCAUUGCAAAAACCUAUUCUGAUUCCCCAAUUGGAUUUGACACUAAAUUUAAAAUAAAUGUUCAACCAAACGUUCCAGUUGUCUGUGCUAUCAAAAACAUAUUUGCUAAUAUGUUUUAUCUUAUUGUUUGGUUAGGAAUAGUGGGAAUUUCUAUACUUGGCAUUUACUUUGGUGUAUGUUACAUAUCUGCAAAAAGUGAAAAACACAAACAAGAAGUUCACAAUUUAAUUGAAAAUGUCAUUAAUCAAUUAAAACUAAGAGCUCAACACUAUCCUAAUGAACCUUUUUUGGCUAUUAUUCAUAUUCGAGACCAAUUAAUUUCAAUAAAUGAGAGACAAGCUAAAUCAAAAAUUUGGGCUGACGUUGAACAGUAUUUUACUGAAUCCGAAUCAAGAGUAAGGACCGAAAUUCAACAAAUCAAUGGUGAAGACUUUAAAAUUUGGAGAUGGGUUCAACCUGUGUCACCUGGCACAGCGAAAAAAGUUUGGCAGGGUCAAGCAUUUGAAACUAACGAGGGUAGCAUGAAUUCUCCUCAACCGAGUCCUACAUCAUGUUUAAAGAUACGUCAUAUGUUUGGACCAGAUUCUAUGACUGGUGAUGAUUGUGAGACACGUGUUAAAGAUGCUAUUUUAGAAAAAUGUGAAGGUGUUGAAUUGUUACAUCUUUCUGUUGAUCGCAGUAGCCAAGAAGGAUGUGUUUACGUUAAAUGUGUUUCGCCAACAGAAGCUGGAAAAGCUUAUAGACAACUACAUGGUUUUUGGUAUGAUGGAAAAUUGGUGACUGUUAAAUUUUUGCGUUUGGAACGUUAUCAUCAAAGAUUUCCUGAUGCUAACAACAAAACUGUACCGUUGAGACCAUCUAAUAAUGAAAUGCGUUCUUUACAAUAAAUUGUUUAAUUAUUUUACAACUGCUUCAUACCACUAACACGGUUGUUCAAAUUAUUACAAAUACCAUAAAAAAAAGGUUUAAUUAUGAAUAGUAAAUACUGCUAGUACUCCAAUUUGUUUUAUUAUUAUUAUUUUUUUUUUUUUUAAUUUCUACAAAUAACACUAUCUUAUGACUUGCUAUUAUGUAAUGUUAUUUUUUAACUUUUUUUAUUAUUUUAAUUUCAUAUUAUUAUUUAUUAAUUUUUUUUUUAUUCUUGCAACUCUUAUCCAAUAGUGUUAAGUUAGUAAGGAACGUUUUGUAUCUAUAAUGAUGUAUUAAGUUUGAUAUAAAAAGUGAAGAAUGUUAAAAUAUUAAUUGAAUUAGCUAAAAAAUUUUCCUUGUAAAUUAUUAGUUAUUAAAUAUAUUAAUUAUGAAUACUACAUGCUAGUAUGUUACUUAAAGUGGAAUUUGUCUGUGUA